CAGUAUUUAUAAAACAGUAAACUUUUGUAAUAUUUCAAUCAGGUCGCAAAUAUUUUUUCGUCAACAGCUGUCUACCGCGUUGGACAGCACUUCUACACUUUGGCUGCUUUCUUUGCCAGCACAACUACGAGUAUUGUAUAUAGUAGUAGAUGAGGCAUUCAAACGGCAGGAGCAUUAGCCUUCAGCGAUGCCCUCGGCCCAGUUCGGCGAAACGAGGACAGCGUGCCAGCACUCCAUCAAGGCGCCUAUCAGAUUUGCAAGAACGACCGGCAUGGGACGCCACAUCGUCCAACCUCGACAAGUUCAAGCUGUCGGCCGAAGAACUGGAACGACGCAAGGCCGCCCGCAUCUCCAAGAACCGCCCCCUUGCCGCCGACGUCAAACGCAGCUUUAUUGAAGCAUGGGCCAAGGACGUUAGCGCGAGCGCGCAGGAGCAGGAGCAGGAAGCCGACACGGCAAACGACCAGGACCGCCCCCGCAGCAGCCCAGCCCCCGCAAGGGAGCUGCCAAUCGACUACGGCAGCGUAAUUGACAUGCUGCGCAAGUCACCCGGCGCGGCGCGUGUUGCUGCUGCCCAUGCGACGGCUGACAGCUCUGCGCCCAGCGCUGGCCCCACUCCCGGAGCUCGAGGAGGUGAGCCCCGCCGCGCAGGCGUCCACUUCGCCGACCCCGGUGACACCGCAGCAGAUGGUGGUGCGGAUAGCAAAGGGCCCCGGCAGCAGAAACAGCAGGCUGAGGGAUCUGGGGAGGAGGCCGUGGCCCCGGGUGGUGGCGCGGCGGGGGUGCGGCGGGCGGAGAUCAGCGUCACCCCGGCAGCACUGCGGCCCAGGUUCAACCCGGCGGAAGCAACCACCAUCAUUGCGUUCGGAGGCGACAGCGACGUCGACGAACACGAUGCAGCUGAUGCCGAUGUCAGUGGUGAUGUCGAUGAUGAGGAAGCUGUCGCUCAGACGAGGAGCAGGGGCCCCGAGGCAGGCGACGCCAUGACCGCAGCCUUCGGGGCAGCGCUGUUCGGCCGAGAGCGCGGCGGGGCGCACGAGGCUGGGGCCGGGGAGGCGGCGGGAGGCGGUUUAUCGCUGGCGUGGGCCACCAGUCGGGGAGCUGCGUCGCCCCUGGAUGCCGGCAUGGGUGACGUCGAGCGGCGGCUCCGCGCUCUCGAGGCUGCCAUGCCGGGCAGCAGCUUGGGUGGCAGUGGUGGGGGCAGUGGGGCGGGCUCGCUGCUGCAGGAGGACGUGUCGGAGCUGCGGCAGGAGCUGCGGAAGGUCCAGCAAGACAACGCCAAGCUGCGCCAGGAGCUGAGCGCUUUCUCCGCACACGCCAGCACCCUGCUGACACAACUGCAGGCCCAAGUGAACCAGCUGCUGCGGUCCUCCUCUGGAGGCGCCUCCGUAGCCUCCUCGGGAGCCCCGGCGUCCCAGCCCCUCGCAAGACCGCAGCCGCAGCAGCAACCCCUCGCCUCCAUCUCCUCACUCCCCGCCGUGGCCGCCAUUCCCACCACCGUCCUGGAGGCAAGCCGCAGUGUGGGCUACGGCUUUGGCAACACCAUGGAAACCCAGCCGCAGUUCCAGCCCUCAUCCCAGCCGCUACAUGUCCCGCUCAACCAAGCACAGCAGCCCGUGGUGCGUCGCAACAUCUUUGCUGACCUGGACGAAUCCGUGUUGCGGCCGCUGGGGGCGCAGGGCGCCGGCAAGGCAGCGCAUGGCGGCGGCGGGGAGGCUGGCGGGCUGGGAGGUCCCGCAGCGUCGCCGUACAGUGUGUACGGUGCCGUCAGCAGCCGCCCGGUCGCUGCUGGGAUAGCCAUGACGGCCGCAGCAGCAGCAGCAGGCACGGCUGCGUCUCCAAGGUACCCCGCUGAGGUGGCGGCGCCCGUGCAGUAUGCGCCACAGGCUAUUCCUGUGCAAAACAUUGACGAUGCGGAGAUUGCGCUGCCGUCGUUUGCCGCAUUUAGGCGUGCUGCCGGCGCCGCGGCAUUCACUGCCACUCGCGCCCCCGCCAGCACCUCUCAAGCCCCCCUUGUCUCGCCCAUGGCCACGAACGCUGGUCCCGGCAGUAACAACACCUGCGCCACCGGACCAGAUGGGCCAGGUCCCUCACCUCCCACUGCAGCCGCAAUGCCGUCGCGCCCCUUUCCCACCCAGUACCAGCCACGCAGCCUAGGCGGCGUCCUGGUGCGCUGCGGCCCCGGCGCCGAUGCCAGUGCACCUCACAUCGCGCUCGGCCCUGCUUCGGUAGCUGCUGCCGCCGCCGCCUCCAACAACGCCAGCGGCGCAUAUGCGGCCUCUCUGGCAGCAACCGCCGCCGCCGCUGCCAGCGGCUCCGACGCGGCGGCUGCGGAGCUGGCUCGGACGCAUGCGGGUCUGCCGCAGCCGCUGGUGUUCAGCAUGGGGCCGGAGUUCCGUACGGCGCGUGCCUCGGGGCUGUCAGCGGAGAACUCCAUGUCACUCAGCGCACACACGGCAGCGGCAGCGUCGUUGAGGUCCAAGACAACGGUUGUGAGGCCGGGGGUUGGGUUGGGCAGGUGAUACCGUAGCGCUGUGUUGGGGCGUGGGUGUUGGCUUCUCGGGUUUGACUUGGUUGCAUGGUAAAUGCAUGGUAAUGUAAGCCGUGACUGACCUGAACCUAGCCUAAGGUCGUAGCCGUCCCCGGGGCUGUGCAAUGCGCUAAAGGGGGUUGAGGGGUCUGGCGUCUUUCUAGGGGCAUUUCGAAGCAGUAUGACGUGGCUAGAGCCCAAGUACUGCGGCCCAAAUGCCAUGUCAUGAUAUGGUCAUUGGUUAUGGCAAUGGUGGAUUUAGUAACGCCGGAUGCAUUACGUCGUUUGUUGAGGAAUAGACACUAGAGAAGGCUUACAACCACGGAAACGAUGCUCGGACCCGUGAUGCAGUCCACAGUUUUAACACGCACCUCGCAUUUAAACUGUAUGAAACGUCGUUGCCUUACAUCCGUACAUCCCUUGUCAGCCCUAGACACGCAAGCACUAC